AGCCGUUGGUGGGUUGGUCUCUCUCUGUUGCUUGGUUGCUUCGGUCACGUCGCGUUCCUGCACGGGCACGGCACUUGGAGAGCACGGCUAGCCACCGCCCGCGACGGCGCUCCGUCCGGGAAGCAUCCCGCCGGACCGGCCGCCCGGCCGAGCGCCCGAGGCCAAGACGCGCCUGUAUAAAAAACCCCACCCCAACGGAAAGCAUCAUCGUCCUAUGUUAACAGCAACCAGCCAACAAAACACAUACAGAUCAGCAGUCCCGAAACUCGCAGGGGAAAAAAAAAGGAUCUCCCUUUCGAGCGGCCUAUUGUCCCACAGGGAAAGGAGUGGAUCGUGAUUAGUUGAUCGCAAGCCAUGAGCUCUCGCAUGGCCGGGGCAGCGCUUCUGCGCCACCUGGGCCCGCGCCUGUUCGCGGCCGAGCCGGCCGUGUCCGGGCUCGCCGUGAGGGGCGUCAUGCCCGCGGCGGCGAGAAUCCUCCCCGCGCGGAUGGCCAGCACGGCAGCGGAGGCCGCCAGAGAGGACGCCGGUGCGAAACACAACGGGAGCACAGGCGGCGGCGGCGGCGGCGGCGCCGAGAAGCCGGAGGAGGCAGCCGGCGGGCAGAGCAAGAAGGCCAUCGUCAGCUACUGGGGCAUCGACUCGCCGAAGCUCGUGAAGGCCGACGGCACGGAGUGGAAGUGGUCCUGCUUCAGGCCGUGGGACACGUACACGUCGGACACGUCGAUCGACGUGAAGAAGCACCACGAGCCGACGACGCUCCCGGACAAGGCGGCGUACCUGAUGGUCAAGUCGCUGCGGGUGCCCAUGGACCUCUUCUUCCAGCGCCGGCACGCGAGCCACGCGCUGCUGCUGGAGACGGUGGCGGCCGUGCCGGGCAUGGUGGGCGGCAUGCUCCUCCACCUGCGCUCGCUCCGCCGCUUCGAGCACAGCGGCGGCUGGAUCCGAGCGCUGCUGGAGGAGGCCGAGAAUGAGCGGAUGCACCUCAUGACGUUCCUCGAGGUGACGCAACCGCGGUGGUGGGAGCGCGCGCUCGUGCUCGCGGCGCAGGGCGUCUUCUUCAACGCCUACUUCGUCGGGUACCUGCUCUCCCCCAAGUUCGCGCACCGCGUCGUCGGGUACCUCGAGGAGGAGGCAGUGCACUCGUACACAGAGUACCUCAAGGACCUCGAGGCCGGCGUCAUCGACAACACGCCGGCGCCGGCCAUCGCCAUCGACUACUGGCGCCUCCCCGCCGACGCAAAGCUCAAGGACGUCGUCACCGUCGUGCGCGCCGACGAGGCGCACCACCGCGAUGUCAACCACUUCGCAUCGGACAUCCAUUACCAGGGGAUGAAGCUGAAGGACACGCCUGCGCCGCUCGGGUACCACUGAUCGGUCGACAUGGCCUGCUCGAUUCAGCAAUGCUCGACAUUACCUGCUACCCCUCGGACGCCUUGUUUGGGAUCAUUUUGUCUGCAUGGUUUACGCGUAAAUGAUCAGUAUUUGCAUAGUUUGUGCCACACAUUCGAGUCCGAUUUACCACCUAUACGCGAAUGAGUUGGUUGUGUCUGUAUGUAAUCUGUCAGUCUGUACAUAUUAACGAGAGACAUUUGUAAGUAAGAAUUAUUCUUCAGUACGAGUAGUUGAAAUAUGCCCUGCAUUGCAAGUAGCACACGUUUAUUAUUUACAGGGAUACGUCUGAAUGAACUAGAUUGGUGUACUC